UCCCCUCCCCCACUCGCUGCUGCGGCGCCCACGUCUUUGCCCCCGCGUCACUUUCUCCUCAUCGAGUCCCCGGAGGCAGAGAGCUGAGCGAGGCUCGCCUCCCCGGGCGGGACGCGAGCUCCGGUCCUCCCUUGGCGCAAACCCCAGCCCCCUGCGGAGGGACUACUUUUCGUCUCCUGCGGAGGGAUUACUUCCUCCCCUGCGGAGGCGUCGGUCCAGGCGGCGCGCACGGCAUGGCGGCGGCGGCGGCGCGCGCCUGAGAAGAGGGGACGCCAGCCCUGUCAGGCCUCGGCGCGGCCUACACGCUCCGCUCGCUCGCUCGCUCCCGCCUCCCGCCCCGCGCCCGGCCAUGGCGGAGCCGUCGUCCGCCCGACGCCCGGUGCCUCUCAUCGAGUCGGAGCUGUACUUCCUCAUCGCCCGGUACCUAUCGGCGGGCCCGUGUCGGAGAGCGGCCCAGGUGCUGGUGCAGGAGCUGGAGCAGUACCAGUUGUUGCCGAAGAGAUUGGACUGGGAGGGCAACGAGCACAACAGGAGCUACGAGGAGUUGGUCUUGUCCAAUAAGCAUGUGGCUCCUGAUCAUCUGUUGCAAAUCUGCCAGCGCAUCGGUCCUAUGUUGGAUAAAGAAAUUCCACCCAGUAUUUCAAGAGUCACUUCUUUACUUGGUGCAGGAAGGCAGUCUUUGCUACGUACAGCAAAAGACUGCAGGCACACAGUUUGGAAGGGCUCUGCCUUUGCUGCUCUUCAUAGAGGAAGACCUCCUGAAAUGCCAGUGAAUUAUGGUUCCCCACCAAAUCUUGUGGAGAUACAUCGAGGAAAACAACUCACAGGGUGUUCCACUUUUAGUACAGCAUUUCCAGGAACUAUGUAUCAGCAUAUAAAAAUGCACAGAAGGAUUCUCGGACAUCUAUCUGCUGUUUACUGUGUAGCAUUUGAUAGGACAGGACAUAGAAUCUUUACAGGUUCAGAUGACUGUUUGGUAAAGAUUUGGUCAACACAUAAUGGCCGCUUGUUAUCUACAUUAAGAGGUCAUUCUGCAGAAAUUUCAGAUAUGGCAGUAAACUAUGAGAAUACAAUGAUUGCUGCGGGGAGCUGUGAUAAAAUUAUUAGAGUGUGGUGCUUGAGAACUUGUGCCCCAGUUGCUGUGCUCCAAGGACACACAGGAUCAAUUACAUCUUUACAGUUUAGCCCGAUGGCCAAAGGCUCUCAAAGAUACAUGGUUUCCACUGGUGCUGAUGGGACAGUUUGCUUUUGGCAAUGGGAUUUAGAAUCCUUAAAAUUUAGCCCACGUCCCUUGAAGUUCACUGAAAAGCCUAGGCCAGGCGUUCAAAUGCUUUGUUCUUCUUUUAGUGUUGGUGGUAUGUUUUUAGCCACAGGUAGUACUGAUCAUGUAAUCAGAAUGUAUUUUUUGGGUUUUGAAGCACCCGAAAAAAUCGCAGAACUUGAAAGCCACACUGAUAAAGUAGAUAGUAUCCAAUUUUGUAACAAUGGUGAUCGGUUCCUAAGUGGUAGCAGAGAUGGAACAGCACGGAUUUGGAGAUUUGAGCAGUUAGAAUGGAGGAGCAUUUUAUUGGAUAUGGCUACCAGAAUCUCAGGGGACUUAUCUUCCGAAGAGGAAAGGUUUAUGAAACCUAAAGUAACAAUGAUAGCUUGGAAUCAAAAUGAUAGCAUUGUUGUCACAGCUGUGAAUGAUCAUGUCCUCAAAGUGUGGAAUUCUUACACUGGACAACUGCUUCAUAACUUAAUGGGACAUGCUGAUGAAGUAUUUGUUCUGGAGACGCAUCCCUUUGAUUCCAGAAUUAUGUUAUCUGCAGGACACGAUGGCAGCAUAUUUAUAUGGGAUAUUACAAAAGGUACCAAGGUGAAACAUUAUUUUAAUAUGAUUGAAGGACAAGGACAUGGAGCUGUGUUUGACUGUAAGUUUUCACAGGAUGGACAGCAUUUUGCCUGUACAGAUUCUCAUGGGCACCUUCUGAUAUUUGGUUUUGGAUGCAGCAAACCAUAUGAAAAGAUUCCUGAUCAGAUGUUCUUCCAUACUGACUAUCGACCACUUAUUAGAGAUUCUAAUAAUUAUGUCUUAGAUGAGCAAACUCAGCAGGCUCCUCAUCUUAUGCCUCCACCAUUCUUGGUAGAUGUAGAUGGAAAUCCUCAUCCAACCAAGUAUCAGAGAUUAGUACCAGGCCGAGAAAAUUCUGCAGAUGAACAUUUGAUUCCACAGCUGGGCUAUGUGGCAACAAGUGAUGGAGAGGUGAUUGAACAAAUUAUAAGCCUGCAAACCAAUGAUAAUGAUGAACGCAGCCCAGAGUCGAGUAUUCUUGAUGGAAUGAUAAGACAGUUGCAGCAGCAGCAAGAUCAGAGAAUGGGAGCAGAUCAGGAUACUAUUCCAAGAGGACUUUCAAGUGGUGAAGAAACACCCCGGAGAGGUUUUAGAAGGCUGAGCUUAGACAUUCAGUCCCCUCCAAAUAUUGGUCUGCGUCGUAGUGGACAAGUUGAAGGUGUUCGUCAGAUGCAUCAAAACGCUCCACGCAGUCAGAUUGCUACAGAACGUGACCUGCAGGCUUGGAAACGAAGAGUGGUUGUACCAGAGGUACCACUAGGCAUAUUUAGGAAGCUGGAAGACUUCCGAUUAGAGAAAGGUGAAGAGGAAAGAAAUCUUUAUAUAAUAGGAAGAAAAAGAAAGACUCUUCAGCUCUCACAUAAGUCGGAUUCAGUGGUUUUGGUAUCACAGUCUAGACAAAGGACAUGUAGGCGUAAAUAUCCAAAUUAUGGUAGAAGAAAUCGUAGCUGGCGUGAGUUAUCUUCUGGAAAUGAGUCUUCAAGCUCUGUAAGACAUGAGACUUCCUGUGAUCAAAGUGAAGGUUCUGGUUCUUCAGAAGAGGAUGAAUGGAGAAGUGACAGAAAAAGUGAAAGUUACAGCGAAAGUUCAAGUGACUCUUCAUCUAGAUAUUCCGAUUGGACAGCUGAUGCGGGCAUCAAUUUGCAGCCUCCUUUAAGAACAUCAUGUCGUCGACGAAUUACUCGAUUUUGUAGUAGUUCAGAAGAUGAAAUAUCUACUGAGAAUUUAUCUCCUCCAAAAAGAAGACGAAAGAGAAAGAAAGAAAAUAAGCCUAAGAAGGAGAAUUUGCGGAGGAUGACUCCAGCAGAGCUUGCAAAUAUGGAGCAUUUAUAUGAAUUUCACCCUCCAGUUUGGAUUACUGACACCACACUUAGAAAAUCUCCUUUUGUUCCUCAAAUGGGUGAUGAGGUAAUAUAUUUUCGACAGGGUCAUGAAGCUUAUAUUGAGGCUGUAAGAAGAAAUAAUAUUUAUGAACUGAACCCUAAUAAGGAGCCAUGGAGAAAAAUGGAUCUUAGGGAUCAAGAAUUGGUUAAAAUAGUUGGAAUACGAUAUGAAGUUGGGCCCCCUACACUCUGUUGCCUCAAACUAGCAUUUAUAGAUCCAGCAACUGGAAAACUUACGGACAAAUCUUUCUCUAUUAGAUAUCAUGAUAUGCCAGAUGUUAUUGACUUUCUUGUAUUGCGUCAAUUUUAUGAUGAAGCAAGACAGAGGAAUUGGCAGUCUUGUGACAGAUUCCGCUCUAUUAUUGAUGAUGCUUGGUGGUUUGGAACAGUGUUAAGUCAAGAGCCAUAUCAACCACAGUAUCCUGAUAGUCAUUUCCAGUGUUAUAUUGUUAGGUGGGAUAAUACUGAAAUUGAAAAACUUAGCCCAUGGGACAUGGAACCAAUUCCUGAUAAUGUUGAUCCACCUGAAGAAUUAGGAGCUAGUAUUUCUGUCACAUCAGAUGAGCUAGAGAAAUUGCUCUAUAAACCACAAGCUGGUGAAUGGGGUCAGAAAUCAAGAGAUGAAGAAUGUGAUAGAAUUAUCAGUGGUAUAGAUCAACUUUUGAAUCUUGAUAUAGCAGCAGCUUUUGCAGGCCCUGUUGAUCUGUGUACAUACCCGAAGUACUGUACUGUAGUAGCUUAUCCAACCGAUCUUUACACAAUUCGAAUGAGACUUGUUAAUCGAUUUUACAGGAGGCUGUCUGCGUUAGUUUGGGAAGUCAGAUAUAUAGAACAUAAUGCCAGAACAUUUAACGAACCUGAGAGUGUAAUUGCAAGAUCAGCUAAAAAGAUAACUGACCAACUUUUAAAAUUUAUCAAGAAUCAACACUGUACAAAUAUCUCAGAACUUUCUAACACAUCUGAAAAUGAUGAGCGAAAUGCUGAGGAUUUGGAUGAUAGUGAUCUUCCUAAAACAUCUUCUGGAAGAAGGAGAGUCCAUGAUGGGAAAAAAAGCAUCAGAGCUACGAACUAUGUUGAAAGCAACUGGAAGAAACAGUGUAAGGAACUAGUGAACUUAAUUUUUCAGUGUGAAGAUUCUGAACCAUUUAGACAACCUGUUGAUUUGGUUGAAUAUCCAGACUACAGAGAUAUUAUAGAUACCCCAAUGGAUUUUGGAACAGUACGGGAAACUCUAGAUGCGGGAAAUUAUGACAGCCCUUUGGAGUUUUGCAAAGACAUCCGGCUCAUAUUUAGCAAUGCAAAAGCAUAUACACCAAACAAAAGAUCAAAGAUUUAUAGUAUGACCUUGAGAUUAUCUGCCUUAUUUGAAGAAAAAAUGAAGAAAAUCUCUUCUGAUUUUAAAAUUGGUCAAAAAUUCAAUGAAAAACUUCGAAGAAGCCAGAGGUUCAAGCAAUGGCAAAAUUGUAAAGGUGACAGUCAGCCUAACAAAAGUAUCAGAAACCUCAAGCAGAAGAGGUUAAAAUCUCAGACAAAAAUAAUUCCUGAGUUGGUAGGUUCUCCUACCCAGUCUACCUCAAGUAGGACAGCUUAUCUUGGAACCCACAAGACAAGUGCUGGUAUCUCUUCAGGUGUUACUUCUGGUGACUCUUCAGAUUCAGCAGAAUCAUCAGAAAGGAGGAGAAGAAAUAGACCUAUAACAAAUGGUUCUACAUUAUCUGAAAGUGAAAUGGAAGAUUCUUUAGCUACCUCUUUGUCAUCGUCAGCUUCCAGUAGUUCUGAGGAAAGCAAAGAGAGUUCCAGAGCUCGUGAAUCCUCCUCACGCAGUGGGCUAUCCAGAAACAGCAAUCUCAGGGUAACCAGAACUAGAGCUGCUCAAAGAAAAACUGGUCCCGUUUCAUUAGAAAAUGGAUGUGGCAGAAAAGCCACUCGAAAGAGAGUCUAUUUAAGUGAUUCUGAUAACAAUUCAUUGGAGACUGGUGAAAUUCUAAAAGCCAGAGCUGGGAAUAACCGAAAAGUCUUACGGAAGUGUGCUGCUGUGGCUGCCAAUAAAAUAAAGCUAAUGAGUGAUGUAGAAGAGAAUUCUAGCUCUGAAAGUGUCUGUUCUGGUCGGAAGCUGCCUCACCGCAAUGCUUCUGCUGUAGCUAGAAAAAAGUUAUUACAUAAUUCUGAAGAUGAACAGAGCUUAAAGUCAGAAAUUGAAGAAGAGGAGCUAAAAGAUGAAAAUCAACCAUUACCAGUGUCCAGUUCUCACGCUGCCCAGAGUAAUGUUGAUGAAUCUGAAAACAGAGACUCAGAGUCAGAAAGUGAUUUGCGGGUAGCCCGGAAAAAUUGGCAUGCUAAUGGUUACAAGUCCAAUACUCCAGCACCUUCAAAAACAAAAUUUCUUAAAAUAGAGUCUUCUGAGGAAGACUCUAAAAGUCAUGAUUCAGAUCAUGCAUGUAACAGAACUGCUGGCCCAUCAACGUCUGUGCAGAAACUUAAGGCAGAGAGCAUCUCAGAGGAAGCAGAUUCUGAACCAGGAAGAUCGGGUGGUAGGAAAUACAAUACAUUUCACAAGAAUGCGAGUUUCUUUAAAAAAACCAAGAUUUUGAGUGACUCAGAAGACUCUGAAUCUGAAGAGCAAGAUAGAGAAGAUGGGAAAUGUCAUAAAAUGGAAAUGAACCCAAUUUCAGGAAAUCUGAACUGUGACCCUAUUGCUAUGUCCCAGUGUUCCUCAGAUCAUGGAUGUGAAACUGAUUUAGAUUCAGAUGAUGACAAAAUAGAAAAACCAAACAGUUUUAUGAAAGAUUCUACAUCACAAGACAAUGGACUAAGCAGAAAAAUUUCCAGGAAAAGGGUCUGUUCCAGUGACUCAGACAGUAGUUUACAGGUGGUUAAGAAAUCAUCAAAAGCCAGAACAGGUCUUCUGAGGAUUACUCGAAGAUGUGCAGCUACGGCUGCCAAUAAGAUUAAGCUCAUGAGUGAUGUAGAAGAUGUCAGUUUAGAAAAUGUGCACACUAGAAGCAAAAAUGGAAGGAAAAAGCCUCUCCAUCUUGCUUGUACUACAGCUAAGAAGAAACUGAGUGAUUGUGAAGGAAGUGUACAUUGUGAAGUACCAAGUGAACAGUAUGCCUGUGAAGGCAAGCCACCUGAUCCUGACUCCGAAGGUAGUACAAAAGUGCUUAGUCAGGCUCUAAAUGGAGACUCAGACUCUGAAGAUAUGUUGAAUUCAGCACACAAGCACAGGCAUACCAAUAUUCACAAAAUAGAUGCACCUUCUAAAAGAAAAAGUUCCUCUGUUACAUCUUCAGGAGAAGAUUCAAAAAGUCAUAUUCCAGGGAGUGAGACUGAUAGGACAUUUUCUUCAGAGUCAACCUUGGCACAAAAAGCUACUGCAGAGAAUAAUUUUGAAGUGGAACUGAAUUAUGGGCUGCGCAGGUGGAAUGGCAGAAGACUCAGGACCUAUGGAAAGGCUCCUUUUACUAAGACAAAAGUGAUUCAUGAUUCACAGGAAACAGCAGAGAAGGAAGUAAAAAGGAAGAGAUCGCAUCCUGAAUUGGAAAAUGUGAAAAUCUCUGAAACAACUGGGAAUUCAAAGUUUAGACCUGAUACUAGUUCCAAAUCAUCAGAUUUGGGAUCUGUAACUGAAUCAGAUAUUGACUGUACUGAUAAUACAAAAACCAAAAGGAGGAAAACGAAAGGAAAAGCAAAAGUAGUUAGAAAAGAAUUUGUUCCUAGAGACAGAGAACCCAAUACAAAAGUGAGAACAUGUAUGCAUAAUCAGAAGGAUGCAGUGCAGAUGCCUAGUGAAACUCUGAAAGCAAAAAUGGUACCUGAGAAAGUUCCCCGCAGAUGUGCUACUGUUGCUGCAAAUAAAAUAAAGAUAAUGAGUAAUCUAAAAGAAACGAUCUCAGGACCAGAAAAUGUCUGGAUUAGGAAGAGUAGCAGAAAACUGCCCCAUCGAAAUGCUUCUGCUGCGGCUAAGAAAAAAUUACUGAAUGUUUAUAAAGAGGAUGAUACAACCAUAAAUUCUGAAAGUGAAAAAGAGCUAGAAGAUAUUAAUAGAAAAAUGCUUUUUUUAAGGGGGUUCAGAUCCUGGAAAGAAAAUGCACAAUAGUGACUAUGAGAAUGUAGAAGUGGUAUCUGAAAACAAUUGGUACACAAGUAAACUGGCAGUUACAUUCUGCUCCCAGCUCUAAAAUUACUCCCUUAUUGGCAUCUUUGGAGGAAUUUUCUAAAAGCCAUAAUCCAGUGGGUUCCUCCCAGUCAGCUCUUGUACAGACGUGCUCUGGGGAAUUCUGAGGAGGAAAUAGAUUGCAGAGUCUGUAGGUGGAGAGGUGGAAAGAAAAGACAGAUGGCCUGCUAUAAGACUACUAUUCCUUUCCAGAAUGCAAGGCCUUGAAGACAUGAUUCCUUAGAGGAAGAAUAUAAUGGGAAGUGUACAGGCUAGGAAGAACUUGGAGUGAACAAAUUUCAAAAUCUUAACCUGAUGCUAAUUUUCAGGGUUCUCCAUUACAGUGUAAAAAUUCAGACCACGAAAACUAUGGUGUCACGAGGAAAAAAAAUCAGGCACUUUUCCAAACGAAGUGCUAAUGGGUCUAUUUGACUUCUGAGUGAAGCAAAAACUCUACCCAGAUGCAGUCCCUAAAAUUCACAUCCCCAAAGGUCAAAAACAAACUAGGAGGACCUGGGAAUUUCAGCUGGAGAUACUGAUUAUUGAGUUCUGAAGUAGAGUGUUGGAAAUAGGCAAUUAGAGAAAGUCCAUUGAUGUCAUUUUGUUUAUAAUAUUUCAGUUCAUACUGAAUGACCACUUGAUACGACUAAUUCAGGGAAUAUAUAUUUUUCUAUGAAAGCUAUGAAUGUUACUAUCACGGCUUUUCCUUAUUUUUACUUGUAUGUAGCAGCAUUUACAGAAAUGCCAAAAAUGUGCCUCAUUAAGAGGCAGGUCUUAAUCAGAUAAAAAUAAAAUGUAUAGCUUAAGAUCAAAACAGUCAUAUUUUUAGAUACAGUGAAAUCUUUUAUGUUUCUCUACAGCACCUUAAAAAUUAGAACUUGAAUACUUUGAGUAAACUUAUUACAAUCUCAUCCCAACAAACUUUAAUGGUAGCAUGUUUGGCCUAUUUCAUUGUGGCCUGUGCUAGGAUUAGAAAAUUUGGUCGUGGUAUAACAAAGAAGUGUAUUUACAAUAGGAUUUAAUUUGUUGUUAAAUGUAUUUGUUGAAAUUAAAAUUGCCAGAUUAAAUGAAUGUACUGUCACAUCUUUUUAACAUAGUAACGUGUUACGGGAAAAAUUAAGUUGUUGAAAGUAAGUUGUUUUCCCAUUUAAAAAUAUCUGAAUAUAUGAUUUGCAUGUGUAAAUCUGAAAAACUAAACUACAGAAACCUAGGGUUUUCUAUUUCUUUUUUAAGUCAAAUGCAUUUUUUUUUGUUAUACAGAUGAACCAAGUGUCUAAAAUACUUGAGAAAUAUGUGGUUGCAUGUCUGUUUUAAAAAAAGGCUUUGUUUUUUAGCAUAAGCCAGAAUAUUCUAACCUACUAAGUCUGUGUCCUUUGCUCCUUUUGUAGUAUACUUUCAUCUAAAUUACUGAUCCCCAGUAUGUUGAUACACAGGUGAGAAAGGGAAGAAUUCCUAAUAAACUGCUAUUACUUUUAGGUGCAUGGGGUUUGAUUGCUGAGCUCUAAUGAAAUGCUUAAACUUCUUUCCAGUUCAAAUUUUACACUUAAUUUAUAAUAUUUAUUGAGUAUAUUAUGUCCUCAACAAGUAACUAUAAAAUGAAAUACUUAACUCGGUGAAGACUAUUUUAUGCAAAGUUUUUUUUUUUUUUUUUUUUAAGCAAUUUCAGUGUAAUGAAAGAAUUUAAGCUUUGAAUUUAUAAUUUGCUGUGGUGGGGUUAAUUUCUGUCAGUAUUUGAGAUUGUAUUAUCAGUCUUGCAUAAUGAAAUCCUUUUUUGGCUAAGUAUUUAAUUCGAACAUAUUUGCCUUUUUAAAAAGUGCUUGGCCUAAACUUAUUGUAACUGCAUGAAAUAAGCAUUUGCUUAAAACUUAACAUUGUAAAAUUGUUCUCUCUGAAAUGUGUGCAGAAUUUAAAUCAUGGCCAAAUGUAUUACUGUUACCCUAUUUACAGUAAUUUGCUUUGCAGAAAAUAUUUCUUCAUCAUGGAACUGUGAAAUCAAACUGAAGAUCUUAAGAUCUUACUGGUAAAAAUGACAAAUUAACAAAAGGACUAAGACAAGUGGUGCCCAAACAACCUUUUUAUUCUGCAGUUCCAUCAUCAUAAUAGACCAGUUAACCCAAGAGUCCUAAUGUUUCAAAACAUCAUUGUGGUAAUCUUGUUUAUUCUAUCUCACUAAGGAUAUCCAAAGUUUCCUAAGCUCUUACUGGCUAGGAAUUUAGUCUUAAUUUUAUUGCUAAAUGUUCAAAUUUUGCUUCCAAACUCACUUUUUUUUUUUUUUGCAGAUGUGUACAUCUGCUAAAUACUAAUUUUAUGUAAAUGAUUUUGUUGAUUAUCUUUCCACAUCUUAAAAUGUUUCUAACAGCUUUGAGAUUUUAUCUCAACAGGCUCUCUCUGACCCCAAAGUAGUACUUACCUUCGUGACUACUGACAAAAGUCACAAAAUGCAGGAGAUGUCAUGUAUUUCGGUACAACUAAAUCUAGGAAACGGUUUUUUCAUUGCAUUACUGCAUAUUUUCAUUUUCAUUUAAAUUAUGUCCCCUUUUUCUCUUGCUUGAAACAGUGCUCCUCGAACUUUGUCUUCCAGCACAUUUUAAAGAGAACCAAUUAAAGAACAAUCACACAUUCUGCUUAUUAAAGGCUAUUUAAAAAGAAACAUUUUGUAUUAGAAAAUGACCAACUUUAAAACACUAUUUUUUACAUUCUCAUAAAAAUGUUUUUUAAAUCGCCUUGACAAUCAUCAGCUUUUGAAAUGUGAAUUCCUAUUGCCAGAGUAAAGGUCUCGUUUUUAUACCACCA